AUGGAUGCAGUUAGCCAUCAUAAUAAAGCGCAUUCCAUGACUCCAGGCUUGCUGUCUGAAACUAUUUCAACAACAACAGUAUUGCCUCCUACCUCAAUAAGAGAUAUCACGGCAUUAAUAUUUAUUUUACUAGCAUUACCCCAAUCAGUUUCUUGUAUAAUAUUAACAACAUAUAUUUUAUCUGGGAGUACCAAAUUCCUUGGUGGGAAGCUAAUUGUUAAACAGUUGUUACGGAGAAAUCGAUAUCAUGAUGACUUCUAUAGUGGGAGAUCUGAUAACUAUGAAUUUUCCCGGAAGAACUUGAACUACAAGUCAAAAUUGAUUGGUUCAGCAUUACAGGCAUUUUCUAUAAAUGCAAUCAUCUUAUUAACUAUUCAUUAUUUUUUCCCUAAAAGAUGGCUUCAGUAUUUAUCCAUAUUUGCCAAAUCAAUUAUAGCCUCCGAGUUAAUUGGAUCUUCAACAACUAACUCAACGACCAUUACAUCUAUCACUUCAACAACUACAACCAACACUACUACUACGACUACCAUAAAUAAUAAAAAGAUAAAUCCAAAUAAUAGAAUUCCAUCUGAAAACAACUAUUUCAAUAAUCAUAUCUGGAAUGCAAUUAUUUGCUUCAUUACAGUCCUUUAUAUUAGUUACAUAAUGCAGAACUGGAUAUUACUUAUAGAUAUGAAUCAAGUUCAUUACUUGUUUUCGAAUAUCGCCUAUGAUAUAAGACUGUUUAUUAAGCAUCCCAUAUUGAUAUUCAAUCUUACUACCCAUACAAAUUUAUUAUCCCAGCUUUUCCGUACAAUUUCACCAUUUUUAUUGACUUCACGAAUUUUCGAUAAUUCAAAACAUCCAUCCAAACAUAGUAAUAUUAACGUACAGUACUUCUUAAAUGGUGGUCAUUACAUAGAUCCAUCGGUUAGUCAUAACUGGCCAUACAAUAUUAUCAUGCAUUUAUUGACGUACAAUUUUAAGUUGAAUGAUACUUCACUUAUUAUUGUAUCAAAAAGCUUGACAACUCUUUCGAUGAUAAUAAACUAUGUUUAUUUAGUCCUAUGCAUCCAUGUCAUUAUCUUGACUAUUUCCCCCAUUUUGAAGAAAACAUUUUUACUAAAACGUUAUUCCAAGACGUUAGACCAUUUAUCAAAUUUAACUCCUAAUGUACCAAUUGACUUUAAGAGAAAUUAUUUGUCGAAAAAUAUACUUGCUUCAAACUCUACGGCAAACGUACCUGUUGUAUCAUCAAAUGAAGUUUCAUCGACUUUCGAUAAUUUACCGAUAGUUGUAAAUGUUGAGGAACCUAAGAAUGAUAUACUUGAGGUAGAAAUAUCUAGUUCUAUCUCGAACUCAUCACCUUGUGCUAAAAAUGAAAGCUUAUCUAAAUCAAAUUUUUCGUCCGCUGCUGCAGAGAAUUUUCAAACGUUCUGUAUUACUCCUUUUACGAAUAAAUUACCAAACUCCAAUUUUACUCUCAAGUCACAUAAAUUGGUAAAUCUAACUGAUCAUUCUGCGACUAAAUCCCAAAAACAGGUUCAGGCUCAGGCUCAAUCCCAAAGCCAAGCUCAAACCCCGGCACCAAAUUCCACAACCAUAAUCGAUAAAAACCUAAUUAAUGUGACAUCGACCCAACCAUUUUGGGCUGUUCUUGCUGCAUGUAAAGCAAUGUUUAAAAAGCCAAGUUUAUUUGCUGGUGAUACUACCAAAUGUAAAAAUAACGGUGGCAAAUUUAUCACAUCAGCAAAUUAUUCGUUCGAAACAGUGUUUUCGACUGUUUUUAUUGAUGAUACCAGAGUUGUUUUUAAAGUAUUAGAGGUUGAAAAUUUUGAAAAAAUUGUGACUGAUUUGAAGGGACUCAGAGUAAAGGUCAAUGAUGUUCGGUGGGCUCAUAUGGAUAUUUAUGAGGGAUUAAUUGAAAAUGAUAAAGUGCUUUUUAUUUGUGUGUAUGGUUUAACCCCGUUAUUUCAGUAUGAAAUUGAUCUUUAUGAAAAGGGUAAGGACGAAGGCUUAUUAGCACAUUUUAUUGUUAAUACUGUUUCCUCUAGUUCCAAAGCUAUAUUGAACAAAUCUCCUGAAAUUACAUCGUUGAUGACCUUGCAGUCUAGUUUGUUGUCUACAAUAGACAAUUUGAAUCAAUUCAAAAUCAAGUUUAAGAGAUUAAAGAAAGAAGAAAAUAAGAAAAUAUCUGAUGCAAAAAAGGAUAUAGAUAAUUUAAAAAAUAAAAUAUCGAAAUACAGCCACAAGCAAUCUAAUGAUGGAAGAAUAUCUGGUAAAUUAAAAGGUUUGCAGCAUUCUGUUAUUCAAUUAGAAAAUGAAAUAAGGGAUUUAAAAAACGAGUUGCAAAGUUCUGACUCGUUACAGCAAGAAAGUGAAUCGAAUUUCAAAGUUGAAGAGACUAAAUUGCUUAAUGAGAUUGACAAAUUGAAUCAAUUCAUUAAUGAAUACGAGUCUUCCAUGAAUGAAUAUAGAUCAAAAUUGAAAAAUAUAGAGUCUGAAAAACUGCAAUUUUUAACAAAGCAGAAUAAACUAAUUGCUAAAAAGGAAGCGCGAAAUGAAGAGUUGCAGAAGCUUUCUAACGAUAUUAAGUACUUAAAAAAGACUGGCAUUAUUGGCAAGCUUCAUAAAAGAAACAAAAAGGUUCAAGACAAAUAUGACGUUAUUUUACCAAAGGUAAUAAAUGCAACAGAGGAUUUACAAAAGGAUUUUGAGGAAUUCUUGUUGAGUGGUAAUACGAUCAGUAGGGAUGAAAUGAUUUCAAAUAGUGAAUAA